AAUCCUGUUCAUGCGAAGCAAAGUAAACACAUAAAAAGCAAGCCAUCACCGCUCCCUCUUCUUAUGUGUUGACUAGUGCGGUGCCUGUGUUAGUCAGACAAUAAAAGUCCACUGCGAGCUCCAAGGUUGCAUGCCUGCACUAUUUUCAGCCCUUGGCGAACAACGGACAGAGAGAAACAAGAUGGCCGCCACUCUGGAUGCAGAGCAGAUCCAGUGCAGCAUCUGUCUGGACAUCUUCUCCAAGCCGGUGUCCAUCCCCUGUGGACACAACUACUGCAUGCACUGCCUCGCCACCUGCUGGGCCACCCAGCAGCAGGCCCAGUGCCCACUCUGCAAGGAGGUCUUCCAUCCCCAACCAGCGCUCCGGGUCAACAGAACUCUGGCCGUCAUCACUGAAGCCUUCACAAGGGCCCUGUCAGAGAACCUUGAGGACAGGGAGGACGGCCUGCAACCGGUUCCCAGGGAAACCAAAGGCCCGGCCCACCCCGGUCAGCAGGUUGACUGUGACGUCUGCACGGGGCUGAAGCUGGCGGCGGCCAGGUCGUGCCAGGUGUGCAUGAGGUCGUACUGCGAGGCCCACCUCAGAACCCACCAGUCCGACGCAGUGCUGCGCAGACACAAGCUUGCGGAUCCCGCCGCCUUCCCCACCAGGGGCCUCUGCCGGAGGCACAAGGGGCCCUUGGACAUCUUCUGCCGGACAGAGAAGAUGCUGGUGUGCGCCACGUGCAUCGAGACGGACCACAAGGGCCACGACGUUGUUGUCCUGGAGACGGAGGCGGGCAGGGUCAAGGUGGAGAUGAAGGAGGCAGAGGAACAGCUUCUCCAGAUGGUGCAGAGCAAGAGGGAGAAGGUCCAGGAGAUCGCAGGCUUUCUGCACAAGGGAAAGGAGUUGGCGGACAAGGAGAUUCAGGCGGCGUUUGAGGAGCUGGGGGGCUUCCUCUCCGGAGUCCAGGCCGGCCUGCUGGAGGAAGAGGGGGAGGUGCUGAUGGCGGCGGAGAAUAAGGCAAAGGUGAUGGUGGAGGAGCUGGGGGAGGAGAUCACCCAACUCCAGAAGAGGCGCAGCGAGCUGGAGCAGCUACAGCACACACAGGAUCAGCUGCACCUCCUGCAGAGUUUUCUUUCUUUGCGCGACCCCCCGACCCACAGGAACUGGUCCAAGGUCCGUCUCCACGACAACAUAAACCUGGGCGGGGCGAGGAGGGCCGCCGCCAAGAUGGCUGCCUUCUGCAGAGAGAUGGAGAGGCGGCUGUGUGCCCAAGAGAUCCAAUUGAUCGGCCAGUAUGCAGAUGAUGUGAUUCUAGACCCAGAUACGGCGUGCCCUUGGUUGACCCUUUCCCCUGACGGAAAGCAGGUGAGCCAGAGCAUCCAGAAGAACCCGAGUUGGUUGCCCAGCGACCCCCGGAGGUUCCAGACGUGUGUGUGUGUCUUGGGGACAGAUCCCAUCCAGCAGGGGAGACACAGCUGGGUGGUGGAGGUGGGGGACAAGAGUGAGUGGGACGUGGGCGUGGCCAGGGAGUCCAUCAACAGGAACGGCGUCAUCAGGGUGGAGCCCGAUCAAGGCUACUGGGCCAUCUGCCGACGCAAAGGCGGGGCCGUCACCCCCUGCCCCCCCCCACUCAUCCCGCCCCGCCUCCAGGCCACCGCCCCCACCCGGCGGGUGUGCGUGUUCGUCGACUACGAGGAGGGCUCGGUCUCCUUCUACGACGUCGACGCCCACAUGCCCUUGCACACGUUCAGCGGCUGCCAUUUCACCGAGCCCCUCUACCCCUACUUUAACCCCUGUCUCCGUGACAACGGCAUGAACACCGCCCCCUUGGUCAUCUGCCCCGUCGAGGGCCAGAUGACGGGGCAGUAGGUUGGGCCAGGGGUUGUCCCAACCUUUGCUGGCCUUUGACUGACCCCAUGUUUAUCAACUGCAUGUUCUAGUCAACCCGGUAUCACGCGAUUUCGUGCUCAUGCGCGCAAACGUUAAUCUGUGCGCAUCGUGUCCCAGAUCAGGAUUGUCCGACUUUUUUAGUGCUGCACAGAACGAAAUGUAAACCAAUGCAUUCUGAAUGGGAGCGUUCUCCGACAAUUAACGUCGUUUUUUAGGAGGUCUGGUUACAAAUCAGAAAUGUUGACAUAUAUAUAACUAGAUGAUAAUAUAUACAGAUAUAUAACUAGAGGGUGCACUGUCUCGCUCUCUCCCUCUGUCCCUCCCUUUCUCUCUUUCUCUCUCUCUCGUUUCGUUUUGUGGAGCAUGUCAAUUGUCGGAGAAGGCUCCCAUUCAGAAUGCAUUGGUUUACAUUUCGUUCUGUGUAGCACUUAAAAAGUCGGACAAUCGUAAUCUGGGACACGAUUCAAUAGAUUAAUAACGUUUGUGCGCAUGAGCACGAAAUCGCGUGAUACCGGGUUGGUUCUAGUACUAUGUUGCUAGCUAGUCAUACAGCAGACGCUUUGAUGAGACAUUGUGCACAACAGUUGUUCAACUGAACGAUUUGGUUGUGGCCACAUUUGUUGCCAGAGAGACACAGAUUAUUAAACUACUAAGAACUGCCUUCGAAGCUGAAGCGCUUUGGCGGUUGCCUGUGCCCCAUGACCGGAAAGAUCAGCAUAAAAGAAGAUUAAGUCCCUUAGGGGAGAGAUGUAUCCAACAGAUAUGGGUGUGGUCAACCUACCCUAGCAAACGUCAAAUAUUUUGUCGUUUUACCCGCAGGCGUCCUCGUGUACACGGGGCCUCAGCGUUUACCCACUGUGUCGUGGUUAACCUGAGCUCAGUCCAUCGUGGUUCAUAGCUGGGUACAUUAUCAGGACACCGAUUGAGAAUACCAGGAUAGAUGCUACUCUGUGUAAUUAACUGUUUGAUCAUGAUUAAAUACUUGUGAUAUAAUAUCCCGGGGUGAUUAUUGUGUGUUGCGUACUCAUGUCUAGGUGUGUUUGUGUCUCCAAAGCUGUGACG